UAUCCAAUAAUAUGGUUUUGAAGGGGAUAUACGGUAAGUAUUUUGUUCUGACAUGAGUUGUAAGUAUUGGAAGUUAUGCAACAACAAAUCCCAAUGGACCAUCGAUGAGACAAACGUCGUAAGUUGUAAAUUUAGAUAAGAAUCGGAAAAAGGCAUAUAUAUGAAUAUGAUUGUGGUUGCGUUUGUGUGCUGUGCAAGAAAAGUGGGUGAUGAGGCACACGUGCAACAGCCUUAACUUCUUCAACUCUGAAAAAAGGAGAGUUCCUAAGGCGGUUUUGUGUGAGCAAAGCAGAAAGCCAACAAACAUUUGCAUAACCUCAAUCUCAAAGCCAGGCAGUCAACAAGAGAGAGAGAGAGAGAGAGAGUUGACCGGGCGUCUUGCGGGUGAGCUACCGGCCAAUCCCUCACACGCUCAAUAGCGUUGAAUUCUUUAAUAAAAUCAUGCACCCUUGAUGGUGGUUCUCUCUUUUUCCUACACAACCCCAUGCAAUAUGCAAUAACGUUCCUUGUAUUAUAUAAACAAUAAACUACUUACCAUUUCUUUUCUCAUUAAAACCAUCCAAUCAGAAAAAGUGCCUCAAACAAAUCUCACGUCCUUUAUCAAAGAUUAGCUAAAGCUAGCUAGCUAGGUCAAGAAGUGAGGCUGCAAGCAAUUCUCUUUUCGGUUCAUUGCUUAUUCUACUCUUUUUCUCACCCUGUUGUUGCCGAAUCUUUAGCCUCAUUGUUAUCAUUUUCUUAUGGAGUUGGAGUGAAACAAACAAAAAGCAAAGGAAAUCAAAGAAAAGAAAAGAUGGGUCGGAUUCCAUGUUGUGAGAAGGACAAUGUGAAAAGAGGGCAGUGGACACCUGAGGAAGACAACAAGCUCUCCUCGUAUAUCGCCCAACAUGGCACCCGCAAUUGGCGUCUCAUCCCCAAGAAUGCUGGUCUUCAAAGAUGCGGGAAAAGCUGCAGGUUGCGAUGGACUAAUUACCUUCGGCCAGACCUUAAGCACGGCCAAUUCUCAGUUGCGGAGGAGCAAACUAUUGUGAAACUUCAUUCUGUUGUUGGCAAUCGCUGGUCAUUGAUUGCUGCUCAGCUACCUGGCCGCACUGACAAUGAUGUUAAAAAUCACUGGAACACCAAGCUGAAGAAGAAGCUUUCAGGCAUGGGUAUUGAUCCUGUUACCCACAAGCCCUUCUCUCACCUCAUGGCCGAGAUAGCCACCACGUUGGCUCCGCCACAGGUGGCUCAUCUCGCAGAAGCAGCGCUUGGCUGUUUCAAAGAUGAAAUGCUCCACCUCCUUACUAAGAAACGCAUUGAUUUCCAUCUUCAACAAUCAAAUGCGGCAAAAGGAAACACCACAGUUCCUUAUGUUAGCAGCAAAGAAAAUGAGAAAGAUGAUACAGCUGAGAAGUUCAAACUGAAUUUAUCAAGGGCUAUACAAGAACCUGACAUGCUACCCUUGAAUAAGCAGUGGGAGUCUACCGGGGCAACAUCGGGUAAUUUUGCAGGGGCUUGUGGCGUUUUCCCUGCGUCUGUUACUGGAUUUCAGUAUGGCCCAUCAUCUUUCGGCAAUGAAGGGGCUGGCUCACCAUGGAGCCAGAGCAUGUGUACUGGAAGCACAUGUACAGCAGGGUACCAAGGCAGGCCACGUGAGAAAUUAAAGGAUGAAAAUGGAGAGGAAUACGAAGGUGGAAAAGCAAUUAAGAAUGCAUCAAACAUAUUCAGUACAGAUUGCGUUUUAUGGGAUAUACCAUCUGAUGAUCUUAUCAAUCCUAUAUAUAGAGAUGCCUUUAACAACAAAGAAUAAUGUAGGCAAGAAUUUAU